UGAGCCCCUGGGGACAAGAGUGUUGGUAGUGUCACCUCGCAUGAGGACACUCUUACUUCAUAUCGUCUCAAGGCCCUGUGGCUAUCAGGUUGUGUUUGUAUACAACUCAGUGUGAUGGGUGUGUGAAAUCUCGCUGGGCUGGAACGCAUACCAAUUUGAUCUGGAAUAUAUCUCACAUUUUAAUGGACACACUUUAAUAACUUUCCAUUUGUUCCAUAUUAGAAAGGACGACAUUCUGUUGGAGGUUUUAGGACCUGGUUGUGUCAAAUUGUACUCAAAUUGAAAUAAAUGCUGAAUUUGGAAAAUUACUUUCAUUUCUGAAGGGCAUCGUCGUUUCAUUUCUGCUGGAGGGACGGAUUGUGUCACUGAAGUUGGAUUCUCUGUCUGUUCAAGCAAUGUCCCAAUGUGUAAUUCAGUGUUCAGUGUUUUGAUUUGCAAAGCACGAUGUACCCUCUUACUUCAUUGAAUUUGGAUUAUUGUUUUAAGGAAACGGUCUAUUGUCAUUCAUAGCCGGAGGGCACUUAUCAGUGUCGGCAAACAGUGAGGAAAUGUACGUCAAAUAUUUUGGUUGGUGCUGUGUAAGUUUCACCGUGAACUGUUGAAAACUCUCUACACAGACAUAAUACAAUAUAUCAUAGUAGGACCGCCUCAUCACACUGCUGAUCAAACCAUGCAUUUCAUCUGUGAUGUUGUUGUGGACUAUACUGAUUGACAUUUAAGACUUGCAGGUGAACGAGACAGAGGCAGCAAAAUGCCUAAUACAAGGACGUUACUGAGACGACAUAGUACGGCUAGGUCUAGCUACCAGCUUGUGCGUGAGGUCGUUCGUCUCCGUGAGCAACUGAACUCUGCGACUGAUGACAACGCCCUACUCGAAGCAAAGAUAGAGAAGCAGAAACUACGAAUGCGCAAUCUAAUUGCUGCGUGCCGCAAGGAGGUGGAGGAUCGUGAAGAGAUCAUCCGACGUCAGCAGAAGCAACAUGAGAAACAAAUUCAAGACAUUAUGGGGAACCUUUACUUCUUCGAGGGACAACUUCGUAAGGAGCAGAAAAGUAUUCUGGCUCUUUUGACAGAGAAGGAACAAACUAUAUUACUCCAGGAACAGAAUAUCAAAAUUUUAACACAGCGAAACGAAAAGUUGAAAGUGACAUUGCGGAAGUUUAAGAAACGUUAUGAUCUCAAUGGUGUCCAGAGGAAUAAGAGCACUAGUAGCGGCGAUACUAGUACUGGUGGUGAGGUUGUGGUGCAUAAACAACGCUCCAAACAAGGAGCGACUGAUGGGGAGGUUGGUAGUAGUAGGCGGUGCUCUAACUCAAAGCAAAGCUUCAAAGACAGGACUUAUAGCGAUUCAUCCUUGUUUGUAGAUGAUAAACUAAUUGGGGCACGCCAUCGAAACUAUUCAGGUACAUUCUUAAGUAGCAAUUCGGAUAUUGGUGAAACUGGUGCAUGUGGUGAGGAGGCUUUGUUUACCGUUGUUAAUGGUGCAUUAAAUGGACAAGCGAUAAACGGGAAAGUCAGAUCGCGGUCGGUAACAGAGCCUUAUGUAAAUCAGAGUGGGAAUUAUGUUGAUAAAGUAGACGGUUAUGUAAAUCCAGCUAGAGAUCAUGGUGAUGCGAGCAGAGAUUAUGCCAAUCAGGGAUUUAAUGAUGAAGAGGCUUCAAAGGUUCAACAAGCACGACGACGGCGUAAAAGUGGCUUGGACUCGAUUCAGAUGCCUCCAAAUGCGACACAAUUACAAGACCAGUACCGCCAUUUUCCCCAUUAUAGCAAUGGUGAUCUCCGCGUUCAACAGGAGUUGAAGGAAAUGCCUUAUAUACUCAGAGCAAAUAGUGCUUCAGAUUUAUCAAAAGGUGCUUGGACAGAAAACAUCGGCAGUGAAAAUUCGCUAAGCGUAAAACAAUCAGAUAAUACGGUGCGUAGCGUCAGCGCUGAAAAUGUGACCGGGUUAGGGAAAAAGGAAGAAUCAGGAAUACAACAUGGAAAGGAAAAUGACGAUUCGGAUUACCAGGACGAAAGCCAUGACAGCGUGGCUGAGUUGAAAACACAGAAACGUUUUCAUCGUCAUAGUUACGCUAUGUAUCCUAUAGUUUCUGUUAAUAGUCAUAAAAACGUUCAGACGCCGCGCGAAAUUAAGAUGCGCGAUAAAUUUCGGACAAGGUCUCUACCAAGUGCUGUGAAUAACGCGUUCAUGAAUCAGUUACGUCAGCAGAACUACCAUCCUCCAGUUAAUAUAUGAUAGUCUGCAACACUCUGCUUGUUUUCUCAGAAAUUUGGAGACACCCUCCGUGAAGCACACUGGUGAAUCGGCUGCUCAACUUGUCGAGAGUCCUGUUGAUUGUAACAGGCCUCCCCACUUAUUCAGCUGGCCUAACCUGGGAAUGGCCUCAGAAAAUUUCAAGGCCUCCUACCGCUCGUUAAGUUGGGAGGCCUGCCCGAUUCCCAAGGUUUGAAAUUGAUUCUCCAGGGUGAUGCAGUACCAUGAGAAUCAGGAUGUGCGAUUGUAACAAUAGCUGGUCAUCUCCUGAUCCAGGUAUUAAUUGAACAUUUUCAUCACAAUCUGCUCGGUAUGAAGACAAGGGGCUGUCUCCAUGGAAACACGACACAAGAAAUAAAGACAUAAAGAUAUGUUCCAUGCCAAACUUUUUAUCAAUGUUGUUUGUACAACAGAUGUCAACCGUUGUCAUAGUUAUUCUGAGAAGAUCCUCUCAAGGUGGGGAUCAACUUGUGUUUGGUCUUUUAGGAUCUCCAUCUUUGUAAUAUGAAUGAAAGGUAGUGCUUUAUUGGACCUGGGUAUCUGAUCUCUUUGGCUUAUAUCAAUCAAAUGGAGAUGUCAGUGGGACAUAACAAAUGUAUUGCAUAUCUUUCAAGCUUUAAUUGAUAGGACGGCUGACCACUUAUCAUUACACGAGUUGUAUUCUGCUCCUAACCAGUUUUACAGUGAAUCGUUUUCCUGUGCUGUGAUUGUGUCUACUGUCUUCAUAACCAAGUGUAUGGAUGUUCAAAUAAUAGACAAGACCUGAUUGUGAUCAAGCCAUCAGCAUUGUAAAUACGCAAUGUAGAAUGUUCAUAGAAAUUGGUUGUUUUGUAAAUAAUUGGGAUAAUUAUUAUUGAAAA